AUGCCUAAGAACAAAGGUAAAGGAGGUAAAAACAGACGCAGAGGCAAGAAUGAGAAUGAAUCUGAAAAGAGAGAGCUAGUGUUCAAAGAAGAUGGGCAAGUAAUCAAAAUGUUGGGAAACGGACAAUUGGAAGCAAUGUGUUUUGAUGGUGUUAAGAGAUUGUGCCACAUCAGAGGGAAACUGAGAAAGAAGGAUAAUAAAGCUGAUGUAAUCUUAAAAUACAAUGCAGAUGAGGCUAGAAAUCUGAAGGCUUAUGGCGAGCUUCCAGAAUAUGUUAAAAUAAAUAAAACUGAAAUAUUUGACCCUGGAGAUGAUGAUGAAAUCCAGUUUGAAGACAUUGGAGAUGAUGAUGAAGCCAUUGAUGAUAUCUAA